AAUCAAAGAAAACGAAGAAGACGUUGUGCGCGUGCGCGGUCAUUUGUACAUGAGGUUGGCGGGUUGCAAGUUUUCCAUGUUACUAAUACGUUAAUUUUAAAUAUACUACUCUGCCGUUGGACAUAAAAACCUCGCAUACAGAUCACUUGGGAGAACGCGAGGUACCUCCUGUCAGCCAUGCCGUCGAGCGCUGGACCGAGCAGCCCCGCAGCUGCACUUGCCGAGGCACUGGAGAACUCAGCCCAGGUGAUAGACAAACACCUGCAGGAGGACCGGUUCUUUCCUGACCUGUCGGAGCUGCUCAGUGUUCCAUCACACAAUAUGCCGUCCCUCUCCGGGGUGUCGGACAUGGACUACCCUCUCCAGGGACCAGGUCUAUUGAGUGUGCCGAACCUCCCGGAGCUCAACGCCGUUCGCAGAGUUCCCCUUCCUCCUGAGCUGGUGGAGCAGUUCAGUCAUAUGCAGUGUAACUGCAUGAUGGGAGUUUUCCCAGAGAUUUCUCGUGCGUGGCUGACUAUUGACAAUGACAUCUUCAUGUGGAAUUAUGAGGACGGAGGAGACGUGGCCUACUUUGACGGCCUUAUUGAAACCAUUCUUGCAGUGGGUCUGGUGAAACCCAAACAGGGGAUUUUACAGCCACACAUUCACUACCUACUGGUCCUGGCCACCUCAGUGGAUGUUGUGAUCCUUGGGUUGAGCGUUCCCAAAAGCCAGGCUGGUUUGAACGACAGCAUGUCCGGUGGGCUGCAGCUGCUGCCGGACCCUCUCUUCGCCAUCCCCACAGACAACACCUACAUCCUCUCCAUCACCUCCACAGACCUGGGCCGCAUCUUCAUGGCAGGGAAGGACGGGUGCCUGUACGAGAUAGCCUACCAGGCCGAGGCUGGCUGGCUGAGUCAGCGCUGCCGGAAAAUCAACCACUCCAAAAGCUCCUUGUCGUUCCUCGUCCCCUCCGUGCUUCAGUUCUCGUUCUCUGAAGAUGAUCCCAUUGUACAGAUUGCUGUAGACAACUCCCGCAACACACUGUUCACACGGUCUGAGAAAGGUGUCCUGCAGGUGUAUGACCUGGGCACUGACGGACAGGGAAUGAGCCGCGUUGCAACUUUAUCCCAGAACUCGAUCGUUGCAGCUGCUGGAAACAUUGCCAGGACCAUUGAUCGUUCUGUCUUCAAGCCCAUCGUCCAGAUCUCUGUCAUCGACAGAUCGGAGUCUUCAGACUGUCACCUGCUCGCUGUCACUCAUGCAGGAGUACGUCUCUACUUCAGCACUACACCGUUUGCCCCGCUACACCAGAAGUACGUGGCAGUUAGACCCAGCCUGCUGGCGUUAAUUCAUGUUCGUCUGCCACCGGGGUUUUCUGCGUCUUCCACCCUGCAGAAACCAGCGAAGGUCCACAAGGCCCUGCACAGUAAAGGUGUUUUACUAAUGGCUGCGUCCGAGUCAGAGGACAGUGACAUCCUGUGGUGCAUCAACCACGACUCCUUUCCCUUUAAGAAGCCCCUGAUGGAGACGCAGAUGAUUUCAAAUAUUGACGGACACUCGUGGGCUCUCUGUGCUCUCAACGAUGAAAGGCCGACCAAGAUUUUCACUCCGCUCAACAAGGAACUGAUCCCCGUCACCGAUUCCCCGGUGGUGGUUCAGCAGCACAACAUUCCUCCCCAGAAGUUUGUCCUUCUCUCUGCAAAGGGCAGCCAUAUAUUCCAGAAACUGCGUCCCGUCGAUCAGCUGCGUCAUCUGUUAGUGAGCGGCGCUGGAGGAGAAAGUGAAGAGAUUGAACGGUUCUUCAAGCUGCACAGGGAGGAGCAGGCUUGUGCCACAGUCCUGAUCCUGGCGUGUUCCAGCGCUGCUGCCGACAGAGAGGUUUCACAGUGGGCCACCCGAGCCUUCUUCAGAUAUGGCGGGGAGGCGCAGAUGAGAUUCCCUGCAACCAUGUCCGCUCCAAGCACCGUCGGACCCGUCAUGAGUUCUCCAGCACCUGGAAUCAUCCCUCCAGCUUUGGCCACACCUUUCACACCGAUGCACCACAACGUGGCUGUGAUCACACCCAUGACCAUGACUGCCGGACCAGAGGUGAUUUUCUCAGGGAAGCACAACGGCAUCUGCAUCUACUUCGCCCGAAUUCUUGGUAACAUUUGGGACGGGAGCUUCGCGCAGGAGAAAACCAUAAGUAAUGGAAACCAGACUGUCACUAUCUUGGAAAGCACUGUUGCAUCAUCCGACUUGGAGCUGGUUCUUUUGGAGCUCUGUGGCCUGAGGGAGUUUCUCGAUAAAAACUCUCAGUUCAGUCCGUCUUCUCUGGGCGCUUCCAAUUUUACCUCCCCUGCCAACCUGCAGCAAAGGCUGCUGGGAUUUAUGCGUCCUGACGGCGCCAGCUCUCAGCAAGUGCAGCAGGAUCUCCAGAGGCAAUAUCACACUAAAGCCCAGGUCUACGAGAAGGCGUCUCUGCAGGGCAUGCAGCAGUUAGUGCAUCGUUCCUAUCAGACUCUGGCUCUCUGGAAACUUCUUUGUGAUCAUCAGUUCAGCCUCAUUAUGUCUGAACUGCCAAAGGAGUUUCAAGAUCAGAUGAAAGGAGUGAGUUUCAAGGAUGUAGUGAUCCGGGGUAAAGAGCUGUCGGGAGCGCUCAUCACGGCGCUCAUUAACGUGUACAUCAAGGAUAACGCCCCGGUGGAUGCAAUCAGCAAUCACCUGCGAGACAUCUGCCCCCUGCUGUACAGCAGCGACGACAGCGUUUGCUCCAAGGCUAAUGAACUGCUGCAGGGCUCGAAGCAGAUCCAGAGUAAAGCAGAUAAAGAGAGAACUCUGAGGGAGUCGCUGCAUAUGUAUCAGCAGAUCAGCCAACACACAGACCUGCCGCUCGUCUGCUCGCAGUACAGACAAGUGCGUUUUUACGAGGGAGUCCUCGAGCUGUGCCUCACGGCGGCAGACAAGAAGGAUCCGCAGAGACUCGGGCCUCAUUUCUACAAGAAUGGAGAGCCGGAGGAAGACAGAGUGGGACAACAAGCCUUCCAGGAAAGGCUCUCCUGUUAUAAGUGCAUCACAGACACCAUGCAGGAGCUGGUCAACCAGAGCAAAGCCGCCCCUCAGUCGCCCAGUGUCCCCAAGCAGCCGGGGCCACCCGUCAUGACCUCUGACCCCAACAUGCUCAGCAAUGAGGAAGCAACGGCUCAUUUUGAGCAGAUGCUGGGUCUGGCACAGAGGUCUCAGGACGAGCUCUUUCACAUCGCCCUGUACAACUGGCUGAUCCAAGCCGACCUGACGGACAAGCUGUUGGAGGUGAACUCUCCGUACCUUGAGGAGCAUCUAAUGCACAUGAUCAAGCAGGACCAGAGUAAAGUCCACAACAUGGACCUGCUCUGGCGCUACUACGAGAAGAACCGUAACUUUGGCAAAGCGGCUCACGUGCUGGCUCGCCUCGCCGACAUGCACAGCACCGAGAUCUCUCUGAAACAACGGCUGGAGUAUCUGGCACGAGCCAUUCUGUCUGCCAAGAGUUCGUCCAGCAUCUCCGCUCAGGCCUCCGACGGAGAGUUCCUUCACGAGCUGGAGGAAAAGAUGGAGUUGGUGAGAAUCCAAGUGCAGAUCCAGGAGACCCUGAUCAGACAGUCCUUCCAUCAUCCCUCAGUGAAAAACGCCAUCUCUCAGCUGGACUCUGAGCUGAUGGACAUCACCAAGCUUUACGGAGAAUUUGCCGACCAUUUCAAGUUAUCCGAGUGCAAACUGGCCAUCAUUCACUGCGCCGGACACUCCGACCCCAUCCUGGUUCACUCCCUGUGGCAGGAACUCAUGGAAAAAGAACUGGGAGAAGGCGUAGCCAUGAGCCCGGCCGACAGGAUGAGGUCUCUGAGUUUGAAGCUGGUGUCGCUGGGAAAGAUUUAUGCCGGAACACCGAGGUUCUUCCCUCUGGAAUUCCUGGUCAAGUUCCUGGAGCAGGAAGUCUGUCGUCUAAACUGGGACGUUGGAUUUGUGUCUCUGAGUCCGAACCCGGCUCUUCAGCAGACCAUCGGGAACUUCAAGUCUCUGCAGGCCAAGCUGGAGAAACUCCACUGA